GUGCCCUGUAGGACUUUGCCCCUCCCUGCAGCACAACAGUCAGAGGAACACUAACUAACUACACACACUCGGCUCCUGUGAUGUGAAUGAGAGAGGGAGAGACAGUUCUGUGGAAUAAGAAGACUCGAACUGAGCAACAUCAAGUCCCAACUUGAGCGCCCGACAGCCCGACGCGCACAGUUAACGCCCAGGCCGGGCGAGGGGCGGGGAGAAGCGGGAGGCUGUGCCAGUGAGAGGGCAUGAACACAACAGCCUCUGUUUCACUGGGAAUCAACGAACGCAAGCUUGUGUAAGGAAGACAGAGCUUUUUGCAUGGUCGAGACACAACUGUGGAAUGGACAGUUCAGGGUCCUGGUCGGAGAAUUCUAAUCCUGAAGGAAUCUUGGCACAAUCAGGGAAGAAAGCCAAAGGCAAAGCGCCUCUUCCUCCAGGAGAAGGAAAAUACUCAGACAAUUCCCCAUCAUUUGAUUCUUCCGACAGCCAUCAUUUCAGCAUGGACCAGAAGGAAAACAUAACUGAUCAAACCAUUGAGCUUACUGUAGUUCUUCCUGGGGAGAAGACCGCAAUGGCUAUGGUUCAUGGCAGCAAACCAGUGCUCGACCUGCUGAUAUUUCUGUGCGGACAGUAUCAUUUAAACCCAUCCUCCCACACUAUAGACCUGAUUUCAUCAGAGGGAAGCCAGAUCAAGUUCAAGCCAAACACACCAAUUGGAAUGCUGGAAGUGGAUAGAGUGGUUUUAAAAUCAAAAAUUCCAGAUGACAAAAAUAAAAAGCCCUUUCCUGCUGCACCAGAGCAAACUGUUCGAGUUGUGAUAAAUUACAGGAAAACACAGAAGACUGUAAUGAGAGUUAGCCCACAAAUUCCACUUCAUGAGUUCUUUCUCUCAAUCUGCAAUAAGUGUGAGUUUGAUCCUGUGCACACUGUGCUGCUAAAGGACCAUAAGUCACAAAGGCCCCUGGAUUUAACCAAGUCUUUAAAUGAUCUCGGUAUAAGAGAACUUUAUGCAGUAGAUCGCAGCAAAGCUACUUCUCCUUCAGAUUUGAAGCCCCCACCUUUGCAAGAAGCCUGCCAGAAUCUGGAAGCCAAGCCAAAUGAAGACAAAGGGUUCUUCAAUUUUUUUCGUAGGAGUAAAAAGAAACGAGACCAAACUUCCAGUGCUCCAACAACCCCUCAGCUCAGCAAAGCAAGACCAAACUUAACACAAAGGACAAAUACAGUUUCCAAAUCCUACGAUUCAAACACCAUGCCCUCUAUGCUCUCUGAGGUACCAAAGAAAAGAAUGGCACCCCUGCCACCUAUGCAUCCUCCCCAAAGUGCCCAAAACAGCAUAUCCCGUGGGCAAGUGCGAACUUCAUCUUGCAUUGUGAAAUCUACCACUCAUGAAACCGAAAAGGUUGUGCCAGGAAUUGACAGAUCAAGGGCGGGUUCACUACAACUUAGUGGGUCAUCCUCUUUUAAUUCACCUCUAAGAAGGACAAAGCGCAAAGCUCCUCUGCCGCCAUCUCCACCACCAAAUUCCUCUCAAGAUGACAAUGAUGAUAAUGGGAAUGAAAGAGCACAAGCGUCUGAAGAGGUUAUUUAUGAGAAGAUGGUUUCAGAGGAAGAAAGCCAAGACACAACAGCUCCAGCAGCAGACAUAAUCUCUGAGCCACCUCUGGAAGAAAUUAAAGAAAAGGAAGAAACCAGUUUCAGUCACGAGGCAGAAAGUGAGGGAGAUAAAACAGAGGAUGUGUCUGUGUCAUCUCUAUCUACUGAUGUGAUGGGCGAUAUUACAGAGGAAUUCUGCUAUUCAGGCUCUGACUUGGCAAACGGCUCCAAAACCUCAGAAGAGGAAAUAAUGAUAAUCAGUGACAAGUCUUCUCCUAUCAAGGCUGAUGACUUAUCCACUGGGAGUUCUACAUUUGAAUGUGAUAAAAAGAGUCAAAUUGGGAGUGGUACAUCAACCCAGACCACAGAAACAGAAGAUGAUACCCAAGCAACGGAUAUUAAAGUACUUCAUACUGAGUCUGAGGUGCAAACGCUACCUUACAUGCCUUACAUGAAGCAGAGUGAACCUAUGAUCACUGAUAUUCAAGAUAAUGUCACAGUUUCAGUUAUUGAAACAGAAGGGACUUUGGACCACAGUAGCUCAACAAAAGCCAAAAUGCAGGAUUCAGCUGUUCAGACAGUCAGCUUCGACAGUGAUGUAAGAAUGCAUUGUGUAAGGGACUCUUCACUGACCUCUGAUCCUUCUUUAGGACAGUCAAGUGACUUGGAAAUCCAUGGCCAGUCACUCACACCACCUCAAGUUACUCCUCAACAAGUAGAGGUUUCUAAAAAACAAAUAAAGGCACAGGAAAUUGAAAAUACCAGCAAAGAAAUCCCCAGUGCCAAAGAAAGUAUGCAGAUGCAAACUAUUCUUGAAACGGAAAAGAUGGUGGAGAGCCCAUUAAAAUCUCCAUCAAAAAUCCACCAGUUAUAUAAACAGGAUUCAGAACCUAAACCUUCCAAUGAAAUUACAAGAUCUAAAAUUGGAAUUACUACUUAUAAAAUAGUGCCACAAAGAUCUUUUGAUGCCGAAACUGACAACGCACAGGAUUCCAGUAACCCUAAUACAUUGGCUCAGCUUGACAAAAGGUUACAAAGUCCUUUAGGGACUAAAAGUGUGUCUCCUAUUCAAGCAGCAAGGGAAGCUUUCUUCAGUGAACUCUCUUCAGUAGUUAAAAAUGGAAGUCAUUCUCCUCAGCUGAGGGCAAAUGUAAAUCCCAUGAGCUUGACUUUUGUAAACAACACUGUAACAAGUCAGAAAGACCAUCCUGGAUUAACAAGGAGCUUGUCAUCAUCACCUGUUUUAAAAUCGGAUAAAUCAAAUGUCCCAGACACAAAAUCAGGUUCUGUUAAAGGCCCAAGUUCUUUCUAUUUGCAGAUGCAAAGGAGAGCUUCAAGUCUUUAUGUAACCUCUGCUGCUUCUAAAAUGUCAAAAUCAUCAAGUAGCCCUACCAAAAACACAGUUCCUAACCUAGGAAAAGAUAUUUUGCAAAGAACAAUGAAACCAUCACUGCUUAGUUCAGAUGUUGCACAGAUGACUACCAAACAAGAUAAAAAUAUUUCUGAUGACAAGUCGUUAUUUGCUAAAAACAUGUCAUCAGAGAGAAAUUUAGAACCUGGAACUACUUCCCAGUUAACUAGUAGAACAUCAUCUUCCAUUGAAGAAUUACAGCUGCCUUCCCCAUCACUUGAUCUACGCAAACCCAAUUCAACAAUUAAAGUAGUCCAAAGCCUUGGAGAGUGUGCACCACUAACACAAAAACCUAGAUUAGAUGUUCGGUUGCCUUCUAUAAGUGAAGAUGAACAGGCAAAAGACUUAACAGAUGUGAAGAAAGUUGAAAUAGUUUAUGAAGCCUACUCGGUGGUGGCAAACAGGUGUAACAGCUCUCAGAAUAUUACUGAAAUGGAUAACAAAUUUACAGACAUCAAAAGUGGAAACCCUACAGUUAAUAUUCCUGAAAAGCAUCUGGAAAGUCCUGCAUUCAAUACUAUGAACGAGAGUGAGAACUCUCUGGCUGCUGGAGUAAAAAAUGCGGAAGUUAAGACUGACUCCUUAAAUGCAUUGCAUCUGGAAACUCCUGCAUUCAGUACUGUGCAUGAAAGUGAGAAUUCUCUGUUUGCUGGAGUAAAAAAUGUUGAAGUUAAGACUGACUCCUUAAAUGUAUUGCAUAUGGAAAGUCCUGCAUUUCGUAUUGUGAAUGAAAGUGAGAAUUCUCUGUCUGCUGGAGUAAAAAAUGCAGAAGUUAAGACUGACUCCUUAAAUGAAUUGCAUCUGGAAAGUCAUGCAUUCCGUAUUGCGAAUGAAAGUGAGAAUUCUCUGUCUGCUGGAAUAAAAAAUGCCAAAGUUAAGACUGACUCCUUAAAUAUAUUGCCAGAGGUGACCAAGCGUUUUGAUGUUGAUGACACAACAAGACACUAUGAGAACUCCCUGUCAUCAUCUAGUAGAACUGUGAGAUCACCAAGCUCUCCAACUGGCUCAGCAGUUGCAUUGAGUUUGCAAAAAUUGAGGACUUUUGCCACCCCUCGACCAUUUUCAAUUAGUAAUUCUUCUUCUUUUGUUCCUACCAGUUCCUUAGCAAUUAGACGGUCGCAGUCAUAUACUUCCAGUUCUGCACUCAUUAAACAACCUUUGAAAUCUACUGGCUGGACCUCUGUUGUUUCUCAAACUGAUGUGGAAUUCAGAAAUAACUCCUCUUUCUCUUCAGAAAAUUUACAGGAGCAAUCUGAACAUCAGACAUUAACCGCUGAAAUAAAAUACAGAGUGCAUAGCCCACCACCGCUUCUAGAGAAAAAGACUACUGUAUCUUUUGACAGUUCGGACCCAGAACUCACUCGGCAGAAUUUACUGGCUGCCAUUCGAUCUGGAGAAGCUGCCGCUAACUUGAAGAGGGUACGUGUCCCAUCAAAUGCAAUAUCUAUAAAAGGAAGAUCUAGAAUGAGUGAUCCAGUUUUUUCCGAGACAAAAGAGGAGCUCUAGAACUUCUAAAAUCCAUCAUUCUGUGUCAGUGACUACUCCUUAUCUCUGCAUAACUGUAGAAGGUCCAAGUGUUUCGAAUUAAAUAGAAGUCUAUGUUAGUAUAUUAUGCAAGCAUCUAAGUAACAUUCUUGGACAGAGUUUUGGAAAGCAAAUAAUUUUGUUAAGAGGCCUGCAGGUGUCUGUUUUUGCUAAAGAUUUUAUUUUAGAGAUUACUUAAUAUCAUUCAUUUCAAACCUGCAUUUAUGAAAGGACACAUUCUAAAACGAAAGUUGAUCUUAAGUCUGGUAUAAAUAGUGUAGAACCCCCAUUUUACAUCCCCUGACCUAAGUUUUCCCUCAUUUUACAUUGUUAUUUUGUGGUCCCACCUAUAUAUUAUGCAUAAUACAUUUCCCUAAU